UUCACGCAGAUAUUGAAAAACAUUGAAUUCCACAGUAAUGCAAUGAUGUCAGAAACAACAAAGUUAGCAUCAGGCCAAAAAAGAUCAUUUUCAGAAGAAGAUGACUCAUUUCUUGAUAUAACUUCUGAUCCUGAUUCUGAAGAAGAAUGGGUACCAAAAACUAAAGCUGCAAAAAAGUCAAAAAGAGCGAUUGCAGAUAAAACAGUGACUACAAAAAAGAAAAUUAAGCCUGAACUAGAAAGUACUGCAACUAAAAAAGCAACAUUGAAAAAAUCUGCAGGCAAAACAGCUGUUAAAACAACCAGAAAGAAGAAAACAGAGAAACCUCAUGUGGACCAGAAUAUUAUGGAAAAAUUGCCAGUUGUGAACAAUUAUCAAGAUGGAUUAUUCUCACAAGGUAAACAGGAUUUAGGAAACAUAAAGCAAAAGGAACAGGCUCAACUAACUCCAAUGCAAGUAAAGAGUGAAAUUGAACACUGCCAUGUUAAAUGUGAACAACCAUCUACUAGCACACAUUUGAAUGAAAGGAAAAUCAAGGAAGAAGAUAUAAGUUUUACAUGGGAGGAGCCUGCUUUGAAGAAGCAGAAAACUGAGAAGAACCCUGAAGGGAAACCAGUAAAAUUCCAAAGAGGAAAUGUGGAGAUUGGGGACCUGCAAAUGAACUGGAAUAUAGUCCAGGUCCUGUCUGAGCGGACCAACACAGAAGCUUGGGCUUGUGCAAAUCUUAUUCAACUCUUCAAAGAAGAAAACACCAUUCCAUUUAUUGCCCGUUAUCGAAAGGAACUUACGAAUAACAUGGAUGCUGAUACUCUGCGAGAAGUACAACAAACACUUGAAGAACUAACGGCUGUCAUUAAGAAAGCUCACACAGCUGUACAGAAGAUAGCAAAACAAGAUAAACUUACACCUUUCAUAAAAACAACAUUGUUGAACUGCAGGACUGUUGAAGAAAUAGAACAUGUGUUUGCUCCUUAUAAAAGUGGAAGCACAAAGACAAAAGCUCAGAAGGCACGUCAGCUUGGCCUAGAACCUGCAGCAAAUCUGUUGAUUGACUGUCCGGGAGAACUUAACCUAAAUAAUUAUAUAAAAUCAAAUGUAAAAGGUCUUUCAAAUGUGACAGAAAUAGCGACGGGGAUACAGCACAUUUUAGCAGAUAUGAUGUCUAAAGACAGGGAUACAUUGGACCAUAUCCGGAAAUUGUGUGAACCAAAUAUUGUUUUUAUUCAGUCAACUUUGACAAAAACAACUGCAAAAGAGAAAGAAGGAAACAAAAAAGAUACUGAGAAAUUCCGUCUGUACCAUAACUUCAGCAGUAGUAUUGGAAAUAUACAUCACCACCAGAUUCUGGCCAUUAACCGAGGGGAAAAAUUGAAGAUUCUGACAGUGAAGGUCAGCAUUCCUGACAGAGUCAAAAAUGUGUUCUGUGGAUGGUGCAUCAAUGAAAGAUGGAGACCUCGUGGUUUUGCAAGGCCUGAAUUGAUGAAGCUCUUGAAGGAUUCUGCUGAAGAUUCAUAUAAACGACUCAUUUAUCCACUUCUGUGCAGAGAAUUCCGCUCCCUUUUGACUUCAAAUGCUGAGAAAGAAUCAAUUGCAAUGUUUGGGAGAAACCUUCGACAGCUUCUUUUGAUUAAUCCUGUUCGUGGCCGGGUUCUGAUGGGAAUUGAUCCUGGCUUUAGGCACGGCUGUAAGCUUUCAAUCAUUUCAGCUACCAGCCAGAUCCUUCACACUGAUGUGUUGUACCUAUUUGGUCAAGGAGCACAGAAUGCCGCCGAAAGGUUAAGGCAUCUACUUCAUAAAUACAGUUGUUCGACUAUAGUUAUCGGUAAUGGAACUGCCUGCAGGGAAACAGAGUCUUUCUUUGCUGACUUGAUUAACCAGAAGUAUUUUGCUCCUCUAGAUGUCGUCUACUGUAUUACCAAUGAAGCUGGUGCCUCCAUAUACAGUGUUAGCCCAGAGGCUGCUAAAGAGAUGCCCGAUCUGGAUCCUAAUAUCAGAAGUGCAGUCUCCAUAGCAAGACGUGUUCAGGAUCCAUUGGCUGAGUUGGUAAAAAUUGAGCCAAAACACAUAGGAGUUGGAAUGUAUCAGCAUGAUGUAUCCCAGACUUUGCUUAAAGCUACCUUGGAUAGUGUGGUCGAAGAAUGUGUCAGUUUUGUGGGAGUGGAUAUCAACAUCAUCUCAGAAACCCUUAUGAGACAUGUUGCAGGACUGAAUGCCAGUAAAGCAAAAAAUAUAAUUGAAUGGCGUGAGAAGAAUGGACCAUUCAUCAACCGAGAACAGCUGAAAGAUGUCAAAGGCUUGGGCCCAAAAACCUUUCAACAAUGUGCUGGUUUCAUCCGAAUUAAUCCAGAAAACAUAAAGAACUUUACCAACAAUCAGCAGCAGUUUGAUGGCACUACAGAACGUCAAGCAGUCACAGGAGACAGCAAUUUCAAGCCAGUUGAAGGAGCAUGCACAGUUGGUAAAUCUAGCAAAAAGAAGGGGAAAACAGAGUGCACUUCUGCACAGCCAAAUCCGUUAGAUCAGACAUGUAUCCACCCUGAAUCAUAUAACACAGCAAUGAGCUUCUUGUCCAUCAUUGGCGGAAACUUGUCUGACAUUGGAAGCCAUGCUAUGCAGAACUGUGUGAACACGGCAUUGAAAAACCAUUCAAUAGAUACCUUAGCUCAAAAACUUGAUACAACGGUGCCAACACUUCAGAUGAUUAUUGAUGGAUUGAAGCAGCCUCGUGACUACGACCUUAGAGCAGGAUUUGAUCAACAUGAUUUUAAAAGAAACAUUGUCUCUCUUAAUGACUUGAAAAAUGGAACUGUUCUGACUGGAAGAGUGGAAAAUGCUACUCUUUUUGGGGUCUUUGUGGACAUAGGUGUUGGUAGAUCUGGUCUGAUCCCUAUUCGCUACAUUACAGCAGCCAAGCUACCUGUAUCUAAAAGACGUCGAAGUCUAGGCCUUGGCCCUGGUGAAAGGGUAGAGGUUAAAGUAAUGGAGGUUGACCGGGAAAGAAACCGUAUUUCUUUGGAUCUCAUACGAGUUUUAUAAAAAGCAACACUUUGAUCAAAUUAUUAGAUUUCUCAUUUUUUUCUCACUUUACAUGACAGCAUCUGAAAUUCAAAGCUCUUCCCUGCUAGAGAUUUUGGAUGUAUUGGAUAUUUUUUGGUAUUUCGCACUGUAUCAUCAUCCCACUGAUAUACUCAAAGUAUCAUGUUUAUUUUCCAUAGACUGCAAUAUUUCAGAAGCAGAACAUGCACUUUAACGUUUGGCAACUGAAGAAGAAUAGUAAUAGUAAAGUGUAAGCCUGCAAAUAUAAAUCACUGACCAUUUACCACUUGGAACUUAAGGCUGCAGCAUUCAACUGAUAUAUCUUGGGACUGGCCAAUUAAUGAGUUCCUUGAUAGAUUCUUUACAAUAUUAAAUCCAUGAAAAAAAAUACAGAGUACAUGCAUCAAAAAAGAGAGUAAAAAUACUGCUGAAUAUGUUGUGUUAAAUCAUACUUAGGAUCACAAUACUCUAAAUUAAUAAUCACAUGUAAUAGUUAAUAAAGGAAAAAUUAGAAUAUUUUAUUAUAAAAAUAAAUCUACUCCUACUACCAAAAACCGAAGCUGUUUAAUAAACAAAAACAAGGAAAAACUCUUGAAACGUAACAAUGUCAGCCAACGUCUGUAUUUUAGUCACCAAAUCGAAGGUUUGGAAAAUAAUUCAAAAAAGGUCCCCACAGGGUUUGGAAGUCUAAGUUAGAUUCAAAAACUGAACAAUGAAUCUUCUCUAGAUUCAGGUAUGACAUAACAUCCCGUAACCAUUGAGCAUGAGUAGGAGGAGUAACUUCCUCCCAUGUAAGCAACACAGCUCCUCUGGCUGUAAGAGAAAUAAAAGCCAGAAUGUGUAAAUCAGAAGCCUUCAAAGUUAUAUCUUUUUCUCCAAUGAUCCCAAAUAAUGCAGUCAAAGGAUCAAGUUUAAAAUUUAUUUUGAAAAGUACAGAAAAAGUUUGAAAGACCUCUGUCCAAUAUUUUUUAAGACUGACACGUCCAAAACAUGUGAAUUAAAGAAGUCUCUCCGUUAUUGCAUUUGUCACAGUAAGGAGAUAUAUCAGAAUAAAAAAUGGGAUAGUUUAUCUUUAGACAAAUGAGCUCUUUGGACCACUUUAAAUUGAAGGAGAGAAUGACGGGCACAUAAUGACGAAGUAUCAACCAAUUUAAAAAUUUCAUUCCAAGUUUCCUCAGAAAUUGACAUCUGCAAAUCUUGUUCCCAAGCAUUUUUAAUUUCAUCUAGUGGCACCUUACUCAUUCCUAGUAACCUGUCAUAAAUAUUAGAUAUUGAGCCAUCAUGAAAAGGUUUCAAAUUAAAGAUUACAUCUAAUAAAUUUUUAUCAGGGCUCAUAGGAAAAGAAUGUAAUUGAGAACGAAGAAAAUCUCUGCUUUGUAAAUAUCAGAAAAAAUGAGUUUUUGGUAAAUUAUACUUGGUAGACAAUUGUUCAAACGAAGAAAGGUUUCCUCCAACAAACAGAUCCUGAAAACAAGUAACACCUAAUUUGUCCCACUCUUUAAAAACUACAUCCAUCAUAGAAGGUUUAAAAAAAUAAUUAGAGAAAAUGGGACUGGACAAAGAAAAACUCAAUAAACCAAAAUAUUUUCUAAAUUGUAACCGAAUCUUCAAAGCGUGUUUAACUACUAAAUUAUCUGUUACUUUAUUUAAUGAUAUAGGAAGUGAAGAACCAAACAGAGAAAUGAUAGAAAAUUUUUUAACAGAGUUAGCUUCCGAAGAAACCCAUACUGGACAAGCCUCUUGAUUAAUGUAAUGUAACCAAAACUUAAGAUUUCGUAUAUUGACUGCCCAGUAAUAAAACCUAAAGUUAGGUAAGGCUAAACCUCUGUUCUUUUUAACCUUCUGAAGGUGAACUUUAUUUUGUCUAGGAUGUUUAUUAUUCCAUAUGUAGGAAGAUAUAAUUGAAUCAAGAGAGUCAAAGAAAGACUUAGGAAUAAAAACAGGUAAAGCCUGAAAUAGAUAUAUGAAUUUAGGUAAAAUAUUCAUUUUAAUAGCAUUAAUUCAGCCAAUCAAUGAUAGAGAAAGGGGUGACCAACUUGAUAAAACCCUUUUCACAUAAUGCAGUAAGGUGAAAAAAUUUUCUUUAAAUAAGUGUUUAUAAUUUUUGUGUAAGUUCAAUUUGUAUCCUGAAAAAUGACUAAAGCGAUAAAGUAAAGAAAGCAUAGGAGGUAAAGAGGCUUCAACAUUAGAUAUAAAAAGUAAUAAAUCAUCAGCAUAUAAUGAAACUUUAUGGUUAAUACCUCUUCUGGAGAUACCAAUGAUAUCUCUAGAUUCUCGGAGAGAAAUAACCAAAGGUUCUAAGGCCAAAUCGAAAGGCAAAGGGCUCAAAGGACAUCCCUGUCUGGUUCCACGUUGAAGUUUAAAAGAUUUAGAAUUUUGAAAAUUAGUAAGAACUCGAGCAGAAGGGGAUAAAUAAAGUAAUUUAAUCCAUUGGAUAAAAUUGGGCCCAAAGUUAAAUUUCUCUAAAGUUUUAAGUAAGUAAUUCCAUUCAAUCCGAUCAAAGGCCUUCUCAGCAUCUGGAGAUAUCACACAUUCCAAUAUUUCCUUAGAGGGAUAAUAGAUAAUAUUCAAUAAAUGAUGAAUAUUAAAAUGAGAAUAUCGAUUUUUAAUAAAACCAGUCUGAUCAUAGGAUAUAAUCGAAGGUAAAAUAUUUUCCAAUCUACGAGCUAGAACUUUAGAUAAAAUUUUAACAUCCACAUUAAGUAACAAAAUUAGUCUGUACGAAGCACAUUCCGUUGGGUUCUUAUUUUUCUUAAGAAUGAGUGACAUAGAGGCUUCAUAAAAAGAUUGUGGUAAUCUACCCAAUUUAAAAGAAUCCGAAGAAACAGCACAUAAAUGAGGUAUAAGCAAAGAGGAAAAGGCCUUAUAGAAUUCUCCAGGAAAUCCAUCAGGACCUGGAGUCUUUCCAGAAUGUAAAGAUCGCACAACCUUGGCGAUUUUCUCAUAUGUAAUAGAUUGAUCCAACUGUUUUCGGUUUUUAGUAGGAAGUAUAGGAACGUUUAAUUGGUCAAAGAAAUUAUUCAUUAUUAUCUUAAGGAAAAUUUGAACUGUAAAGUUUAAAAUAGAAUUCUCUAAAAGUAUGAUUUAUUUGUAAAUGAUCAGUUGUCCUCUCACCAUUGGCUUUCGAAAUUUCUUUAAUUUGCUGUCCAACACUGGAGAUUUUUAAUUGGUUAGCCAGUAAAUUUACCUGUUUUAUUUCCAUGAGUAUAAAAUUGACUUUUAUCUUUUAAAAGUUGACUUUCAAUUGGAUAUGUUAGCAGAAAAUCAUAUUUAGUUUUAAUUUCAACUUGCCUUUUAUAUAAAGCCGGAUCUGGAUCCAAAGCGUAUUUUUGAUCUAAUAGUUUCAGUUGAUUAACUAGAUUGGCUCUUUCGCUGUUAGCUUUUUUCCUAAUGCUUGCCGUAUAAGAAAUAAUUUGACCUCUAAGAAAGACUUUAAAAGCAUCCCAAACGAUAAGACUAGAAGUCUCUUCCGACGAAUUCUCUUUAAAGAAGAGUAAUUUGUUUCUCCAUAAAUUUUAAAAAGUUUUUAUCAGAUAACAAAGUUAGGUUAAAAUGCCAAAAUCUGUUUGUCUGAGGGAGCCCAGGGAGAUUCAAGGAUAGAAGCACGGGAGCAUGAUCUGAAAGAGCAAUCUCUUUAUAGUCACAGGAUUGAACUGAUGAAAUUAUUUGAUUAUCAAUAAAAAAAGUAGUCAAUCCUGGAAUAUGUAUGGUGAACAUGAGAGAAAAAAGAAUAUUCCUUAUCUUUUGGGUGCAAAAAAUGCCAAGCGUCAACGAGACCAGUUUUCAUUAAAAACGAUUGAAGAAAUAAAGCUGAUUUAUUAGGAGCAGCUAAUUUAGUGGAUGACCUAUCUAGUUUGGGAUCUAACCAGCAAUUAAAAUCUCCUCCUAACACCAAAGAGUAAAAAUUCAAAUCUGGUAGAAGUGAAAAAAAUCAUUCAAAAAAUCUUGGGUCAUCCGUAUUUGGAGCAUAAAUAUUAGCCAAUACCAUUGGUCUAUUAUUUAUUUUCCCUGAUACUAUAACAAAACGACCAUUAGUAUCAGUUAUUACCUUAUGUUGAUCAAAUGAGACUGUCUUAUCUAUAAGAAUUGAAACCCCUCUAGAUUUAGCUUGAAAAGAAGAAUGAACUUGGAGCCCAUUCCAUCGAUUUAAAGAAAAAUGUGAAAUAUCACAGUUAUGAAUGUGAGUUUCUUGUAAAAAGAUAAUAGAGGCUUUGUGUUUUUUUUAAUAUAGGCAAAAAUCUUAUUUCAUUUCAAAGGAUGAUUUAAGCCUUUCACAUUAAGUAAAUUAAUAACUCGAUCCAUUAUAAUAUUAUUUAAAUGUAGGUAAAAAGAGAAUGAUGAACAAACCAUUGGAAUAUACCAUCAAAAAGUACUACAGUAGAGUUCCAGAUAAGGUAACUAAGCAACAGAUUUGACUGACAGCCCAAAACAGCUUCCCAGGAAACCCCCCGCCCCCCAGCACCAAAAGAGAACAAGCCAGCUAAGAAGCAGCUGGCGCCUACCUAAAGACAGUUUAACCCCAAAUAUCUCUGCUCAAUAACUUCAAGGUUAGUAAAAUUCCAACCCAAGGUUAGUAAAAUUCCAACCCAAUCAUAACAAUAAGAUAAACAAAAAAACCACAGUUACAAAUGUAAAAAACAAGUGUUCUUAGUUCAGCACGCCUUUUUAUUUCAAAAUGUAUUGAAAAAAAGAUUUAAAAAAAGAUUUUAAAAAAUCAAAAAACAUAAGCAUCCGAAGUAUUAGUAAGUGAUUACUAGAAAAAAAAGAAAGAAAAGGAAAACAGAAAAUGUUCAUAGUGAGGAAUAUGAAAUCAUUCAGUGGGAGUUUCCAGAAAAAUCUGGGAUUCUUCGGAUGAUCGAAACUAUUUCUGCGAGCCAUUUUUCAGUAUAAUUCUGAGUCUUGCAGGGAAAUGAAGAGACGGCUUGUACCCCUUGAUUGAUUCUAAGUGAUUCCAAACUGAUCGCAGUGUACCCUUAAGAAAUGCCUGUAAUCUUCUUCAUAAAAGUGUUUAUUGCCAAAUUUAGAAUUUUUUUUUAAAGAAGUUCAAACAUAACAAAGGCAUAUCUAUGAACCUAACUUUGUAAUGGAUAAUUCAUCAAUAGGACUCUAUUGACUAAAGUUUUGCUGAAAUUUUGUAUAUUUCAAAAUCACUCAAAAUAAAUUAUCCAGAUCUUUAGAGCUUUCUUGAUACUCAGCAAUAAAAGAUUUUUAGAUGCAACUCAAUGGGUGCUGCUGCUCCAAGUUGGAUGAAGAAUCAAAUACAAACUGAACUGUUUUAAGAAAUGGCAUUCUUCUGAAUAUCCUGCAUUGGUUUUUCAUAUACCGCUGUACAUCACAAUUUUUUUGACAUAUGCAAGAUCAGUUCCAAGAACCAGAAGGUGAAAAUAAUUCCAAAUAACUCAUGCUUUCAGGUGUAAAGUUUACUCAUUUACAGGCUUUUCCGAUUCAAGAUGUUUCCCAAUUUAUUGACAACUGUGUAGAAGCUUUUGCAGCUCUUGCAGUUUCCUGCUUUUUCCUACUCAAUGGAUGAGAAAUUUAGUUGGUGAAUACUGGAUGCUUUACAGAUUCAUAUAAACGUGCUUUAAAAAUGAGUUUAUUUUAAAAAACAACCAUGCCAAGCUAUAAUUUGAAUCAUACUUUGCAUUUCUUUGUAUCAUACCAAUUUAGAGCAAGAGCUUUUUCUCUUAUUAAACACCUUUGUUUUAA